GCGGACGAGAGAGGCCGAAACGCCCUGGGUUCCAAUAGGAGCGAGAAUGGGUCCAUCAAUGGCGGUUGUCCAGGAAAGUGAGGGAUGCUGCCCCAUGCACGGGGAGUCCCUGAGCCUACUCCAGAAUCGAGCCAAGAAGAAACCUGCUCCAGUGAAGUAUGAAGUUGGAGAUCUAGUCUGGGCUAAGUUCAACAGACGACCAUGGUGGCCCUGCACAAUCUGUCACGAUCCAGUGCUCGACUGUCACUCAAAAAUGAAAGUUUCCAAUCGGAGACCAUAUCGAGAAUACUACGUAGAUGCCUUAGGAGACCCUUCUGAGAGAGCCUGGGUCGCAGGAAAAGCGAUUGUGCUUUUUGAAGGCAGAUAUCAGUUUGAAGAGCUACCUAUCCUUCGGAGAAGAGGGAAGCAAAAAGAAAAAGGCUACAAGCACAAGGUUCCUCAGCGCUUUAUGGCGAAGUGGGAGCUCAGUGUUGGCCACGCAGAAGAAUUCCUUCUCAAGGGGACUGAGGAACCGAAGGGCAGUCCGAAUUCCAGCAAGCUGAGCAGUGAGGAUGUGCUCUUGGAGCCCGUCACUAAUGGGCCGGUAAUGGAGCCGGCCAGGCAGCUGAAUGGCUGUUUGAAAGCAUUGGCGUUGGGCUCCAAACACUCAGGCAGUGAGAAGGGCAGGGCCUGCCCCGCAUUUCCUGUGAAAAAGAGCUCGGAGAGCAGGAAAAGGACGAGAGUAAAAAAGAGCAGCUCCAGACUGGAAGCAUCUAGGAGAGAGGCUGGAGAGCAGGUGCCAGAGAACAUAGCUAGACGCAUGAUUGCGGGGGACCUGCCCGAUAAGCAUGCAUCCCAUGAGCUGUGCCGGAUAGCAAACAGCCUUACAGCCGCCAAUGGGGCUGUGGAAAACUACCUGCUCUCUUCCUUUGGGGAAAGACGUUUUGAAAAGACAGCUUUGAAACAGGAGCGGGAGGUGCCUCGCGGCGACUCCCUACAGGACACGCUGACAGUGGAUUUGCUUUCCAGCAGCUCUCCAGAGACGCACACAAGCCCCGGGGGCAUUCUUUGCUGUUCCAAGUUACAGGUACACUACUCCGCAGCGGACACGGCUAUGGAGAAAAAGCAAGAUGAAUCCGAUUCGCUGACUUCCUUCUCAGAUGAUGGGACUAGCGACCUAGAUCUCGAGGACCAAAGUUCUGAGGCAGCCUGCAGUGCCCUGGAGAUGAGUGACCCUGCAGAUAAGGAAGAAGAUGAGUCCUCUCCAGGGCUGUGGGGAGACAGCAGGUGUUCUGAGAGCGAGCCAUGGAACAGCAGGAAAAGGUCAUCGAGAGAUCACAGACCUCCUGGAGGCCCUAGAAUUGAUGCCGACUCGGUGGAUGGGGAGCUCCAAGGAGCAGCCUCGGACACGGAGAUGCCCGUUAUCGCUCUAGAGUGUUCUUCGGUGGUGAGGAAUGCCCACCUUUCCCUUGCAGAGACGCACUCUCCGCCCCAGCUUGGGGCCCAGGAAGGCUCCCACCUUGGGGUUACAAACGAGCUGGAUCUACACCUGAAGAACCUCCAAAUGCCCCGGCUGAAAAGUAUCCGAAGCAAGCCCAAGGAGAGUGCGGCUGGGCUCGGCCCCCCUCUGCUGGAAGAGAUACGUGCUGUGAAUUGCUGCUCUUCUGACCCUGCCAAAAGUGGCAGAGCCCAUAGCCAGGAGCCGCUAAACAGUGUGCGCGACAGAGCCCGGGACUCUGCUGAGCUGGAGACUGCUGUGGUGAAGCACGUCCUGUCGGAGCUCAAGGAGCUGUCCUGUAGGUCCAUGGGGGACGAAGCGAGUGACUAUGGGGCCCCAAAGACCACAGCCCCUUUACUCUUCUCUUCGGCCUCUGGGCAGAGCCGUUUGCCCAUUGAGCCGGACUACAAGUUCAGCACCUUGCUGAUGAUGCUGAAGGACAUGCAUGACAGUAAGACAAAAGAGCAGCAGCUGCUGUCGGCUCAGAACAUGGCCCCGGGGAGGAAUGCUGGCAUGGGCAGCUCCUCUGGGAGCAACUCGGCAAGUGGCUUGAAGAAUUUGGCUGCAAAAGGGCCCCCUUAUAAACUAGAAACAAAUGGGGAUUGCGUUGUGGAAGCAACACGUCAGCCCCCCGAUGCCCGUGAACCCUCCCUUUCGCAUGGUGCUACGGCCAAGAGAAAUGGGCAGAGUGGUAAGAAAAGGGAGCCCACGGACGCUGCUCUUGCUGGUGCGAAUGGCGCAAAUUGCAUCUCCAGACACCACUGUUCAAAAUCUAAGCAGCCCUCCAAGCUAGUAAAUAAUGCCGUGUUGGUCAGGAAGGAUUUCAAGCUAGCAGCGCUGAGGAAGCCACCCAGUCAGGUCUCUGGAAGUCUGCGUGGGGAUACGCAGGGCACGGGGGCCAGUCGGGCUGGCGAUGGAAUAGAAGAAACGGCAAGGAAAGCUCCCGAGCUGCUGGCACACUCCACUGAUGAAGACUCUGCGUGUUCGUCGGAUGAUAAUUUAGACCCUCUCAGGGAGAGGCCUGAACCUGAUAAAAAUACUGAGAGUUGCACGUCUGUUGAAAAUGGUGAGGGCCUAGACUUGGAUUCCGAAGUGAAUAGCGAAAGCUCCCUGGGGGAGGAGUCUAACGGGGUGACCCACGUAGCACCCAAGAAGCGCUGGCAGCGGUUCAACCAAAGGAGUGCUCGAACCAGUCGGCACGCCAAUAGACCUAGGGAAGAAGAGUGCUCCAGGGCCAGCCUGGGGGGCCUGAAUUCUAGUGACAUUUCCCGAAGGGGAAAGGAGUGCCUGGAGCGCAGAUCUCCCCGCCCUUCCCCGGGGCCUGAGGGAGACCUGCCAGGCCAGGACUGGGCGCAUCACUUAGACUUAGUUGUGAAAAGCUUGAGUGUGUGUGAUAAGCCAGACGAUGCUGCGAUGCUUUCAGACUCGGAGCUUUCCCGCUUUGCUUCCCAGUCUGAGUUCUCGUCACAAGCAUAUUCAGAAAAGAAGCGCCUUAGGAAGCCGAGCAAGCGGCUUCUGGAAUAUGCAGAAGAAUACGACAAGAUAUUUGCACCGAAGAAAAAAUCCAAGAAGGGCCAGGAGCAAUUGCAAAGGGUGAGCUCCCGGGAGAGGGCUGAGUUGGAGGGUGAGGAAAGUCUUCCGGCACGAUGCAGUCAUGGCAGCGAUAACCGGAGUCUGCAGAACCCUCUGGAGUCAACGCCAUCUUCCUCUUCAGCCAAAGAUGCUCCUCCAGUCCUUGAAGCAGAGCCGCUGUCCCAUUCCUCCGAGCCCCCGGACCUGCUCCUAGACGGACACUGCGAUUUGCCAGAGCUGACGCUGUCUUCCCCUGACGUGUCUGAAGUUUCUGCUUGUUCUCUGGAGGCAGAGGACCGCUUCCUGAAAUCAGGGAACUUGGAGAGGAAGCGUCAGAGGAAGCCAACUAAGAAGCUCUUGGAAUCCAAUGACCUGGAUGCUUUAUUUAUGCCAAAGAAGGAGGGGUGGACUCCUCCAAAGAAGUGCUUCGAGGCUGGCCCCCAGGAGAGUGACCUGGCUGAGUUCUAUCCCACCCCCCGGUUUUUGGACCUCGGCGAAGCUCCCGACAAGCUGUCCGAGAAGCAGAGGAAGCGCAAGAGACUGCGCUACCCCUCGGCGACGGCGCAGUACAAGAGGGGGAGGAGCGAAGACGCCCUGGGGGAAGCGCCCAGCUCGGAGGUACAGUUCGUUCUCCUGGGGGCUGCAGGCUGUAGCCCCUGCUCUCCCCUCCUCCCGGAAAGGCACUGCUGUACUGUCUGUGUGCCCUGCCCCGAGGACGGCUCCGAGCAGGACCAUGGAGCGCCUUCCACCAGGAAGCUGCAGGGGGAGCGCGGAGGCGGCGCUGCCCUUAAGGAGAACGUCUGUCAGAUCUGCGAGAAGCCAGGGGAGCUGCUGCUGUGUGAGGCGCAGUGCUGCGGCGCUUUCCACCUGCAGUGCCUCGGGCUCUCCGAAAUGCCGAAGGGCAAGUUCAUCUGCACUGAGUGCUCGACAGGCAUGCACACCUGCUUUGUGUGCAAGAGCAGCGGGGAGGCCGUGCGGCGGUGCCUGCUCCCCUUGUGCGGGAAGUACUACCACGAGGAGUGCGUGCAGAAGUACCCCCCCGCCGUCGUGCAGAACAAGGGCUUCCGCUGCUCCCUGCACAUCUGUAUGACCUGCCACGCUGCCAACCCGGCCAACCUCUCGGCAUCGAAAGGGCGCCUGAUGCGCUGCGUGCGCUGCCCGGUGGCGUACCAUGCAAACGACUUCUGCCUCGCGGCUGGGACGGUGACCCUCGCCUCCAACAGCAUCAUCUGCCCCAACCACUUCGCACCACGGCGGGGCUGCCGCAACCACGAGCAUGUCAACGUCAGCUGGUGCUUUGUCUGCUCAGAAGGGGGCAGCCUUCUGUGCUGUGAGUCGUGCCCGGCCGCUUUCCACCGGGAGUGUCUGAACAUCGAGAUGCCCGAGGGCAGCUGGUAUGAACCCCAUUACAAGGAGGUGGUCUGGGUCAAAGUGGGGCGCUACAGGUGGUGGCCAGCGGAGAUUUGCCAUCCCAGAACAAUUCCCGUCAAUAUCCAGAAGAUGAAACACGACAUCGGCGAGUUCCCCGUGCUGUUCUUUGGCUCCAACGACUACCUGUGGACACACCAGGCCCGGGUGUUCCCCUACAUGGAGGGCGACGUGAGCAGCAAGGACAAGAUGGGCAAGGGAGUGGAUGGCAUUUAUAAGAAAGCUCUGCAGGAGGCUGCUGUGAGGUUUGAAGAGCUGAAGGCCCAGAAAGAGCUGAGGCAGCUUCAGGAAGACAGAAAGAACGACAAGAAGCCCCCUCCCUACAAGCACAUCAAGGUAAACCGGCCCGUGGGCAAGGUGCAGAUCUUCACAGCAGACCUGUCUGAGAUCCCGCGCUGCAACUGCAAACCCACCGAUGAAAACCCGUGCGGCCUGGACUCGGAGUGCAUCAAUCGGAUGCUGCUGUACGAGUGCCACCCGCUGGUCUGUCCGGCCGGGGGGCGCUGCCAGAACCAGUGCUUCUCCAAGCGGCAGUACCCCGAGGUGGAAAUCUUCCGCACGCUGGCCCGGGGCUGGGGCUUGCAAGCCAAGAGGGACAUCAGAAAGGGCGAGUUUGUGAACGAAUACGUGGGAGAGCUGAUCGACGAGGAGGAGUGUCGGGCACGAAUCCGCCACGCACAGGAGCAUGACAUUACCAACUUCUACAUGCUGACUUUGGACAAGGACCGGAUCAUUGACGCCGGGCCAAAGGGCAAUCACGCCCGCUUCAUGAACCACUGCUGUCAGCCCAACUGCGAGACUCAGAAAUGGUCCGUGAACGGCGACACCCGGGUUGGGCUCUUCGCUCUCGUCAACAUCAAGGCUGGGACUGAGCUGACUUUCAACUACAACCUGGAGUGCUUGGGCAACGGGAAGACGGUUUGCAAGUGCGGUGCUCCGAACUGCAGCGGGUUCCUAGGAGUGCGGCCGAAGAAUCCCCCCAGCCUGACAGAGGAGAAGUCGAAGAAGUUCCGGAGGCGGCAGCAGGUGAAGCGCAGGCCGCAGGCAGAGGUCCUGAAAGAACGAGAGGACGAGUGCUUCAGCUGCGGAGACGGAGGGCAGCUGGUUUCCUGUAAGAAGACGGGCUGCCCAAAAGUGUACCACGCAGACUGCCUCAACCUAACCAAACGGCCGGCAGGCAAGUGGGAGUGCCCUUGGCACCAGUGUGAUGUGUGUGGCAAAGAAGCAGCUUCCUUCUGCGAGAUGUGUCCCAGCUCCUUCUGCAAGCAGCACCGGGAGGGCAUGCUCUUCAUCUCCAAGCUGGAUGGCCGCUUAUCCUGCACGGAUCACGAUCCCUGCGGACCCAACCCUUUAGAGCCGGGGGAAAUCCGUGAGUAUGUGCCUCCCACGGUACCGCCCGCCAGCUGUCAAAACACUCAGCCCUCAGACCACCAGCCUGCAGUCAUGGGCCUCAGACUUGAGUCACCAGCGAAGGGCCUGCACCCUCCCCUGCCCUCGGACGAGUCUCCCAGCACUGCUCCGCCUCGGUGGCCUGGGCUGUUGGAUGAGUCUCCUGCCCUUGCUCGGAUCCCGCAGCCUGAGCUGUUGUGUGAGUCUCCUGUUCCUGGCCCGCAGCCCCUGCUGUCAGGGGAGGCGCCCGGCCCCGGUGGCCUGCAGCAUCAGGCAUUGGACAGGCCUCCUGCGGCUGCAGCACCGAGGCUACUGCUGUCUGGGCAAGCGCUGAGGCCGGUGGAUCAGAACACCCAGCCCAAAGCGAGGGGGGCCGCAGUGGCAGCGCUGGAGCCGCAGCAGAAGGAGCGAACGUGUUUCCCUGAGCAGCAGCCCGCUCGCCCUGCAGGGAAAGGUGCGCCACACGUGGGCCAGGCCCCUGGGCCCACGGAGAAACUGCAGACGCGGGAGCUGACGCACUGGCCUGCUGGGAAAGUGCUGGCCCCUGCAGAGCAGCCCCCGCAUGCCACCGAGAAAUUCCCGCCCUCUGAGCCAGCUCCUCCGGCUGAGCGGGAAGUGGGCUCAGCACGCACGGAGCAGGCCCCUUGGACAGCAGCGAGGUUACAGCCCCCCCGGCCUGCCAGGGAAGCCCCCGCGCCCCCCGAGCAGGCUUCGUGGCUUGCCAGGAACAUUCAGACACUGGAGCGGGCCUCUUGGCUCUCUGGAAAAGCACAGAUGCCCCUGGGGCAGGCCCCUUUGCCUGAGCAAAACAUAGUGCUGGUCCAUACCCAGGGCUCUCCCAGGCAGGGACUGGCUGAAUCGAGCCUGAAGUGA